GCCCGCGCUGUCGGCGGCUGACGGCCGCGAAGAGCAGGCACGACAGCAGGAAGGCGCCGCUCAUGGCUCCCGAGAAGCCGUAGGCCUCGGCCCGCUCCAUGCCGGCUCCGCGCCGGCCGCGAUGGGGCCGCCCUUCCGGGGAGGGGCGAGGGGCGGCCCCGGCCGGGCGGGAAGGGACGCGGGGCCGGGAAACGUGGGAUUCCUGCGGGAAGCGCUGGGCCGCCGGCCUCCGCGGCCGCGUGUUGUUAGCGCUGUGUUUUCCACGGGACGAGCGGCCGAUACCCUGGGCGAUGGAGCGAACGCACCGGCUGGAGCUGUUCCCUGACCGCAGCGUCACGCUGCUCCUCUUCCAGCACGUGAAAAAUGCCGCUGCUCUGCGGAAAAAAGCCAUGGAAGGAUCCAUUGACGGAGCUCUGAUAAACCCUGCGAUGAUUGUAGAUCCUUUUCAGAUUCUUGUGGCAGCCAACAAAGCAGUGCAUCUACAGAAGAUAGGUAAAAUGAAGACCAGAACACUCUUUGCAGAAAUUAUUUUCAGCCUUUCACCAAGCAACAAUAUUUCAGAUGCAUUUAAGAAGUUUGGCAUUUCAGACAGCGACACAGCAGUACUCAUUGUGCUGGUUGUGGAUGGAGACAAGAAUGUAAAUCUGGCGGAUAUAGCAUCUCAGGUGGAAGGCCAGCAGGUUUCCCUAGAUGAGCUCCCCCAGCUAACAGACACUGCCAAAGUUAAAAAGAUGUACAAAAUUACUCCACAGGAAGAAAAAAUCGGCACCUUAUUGGAUAGUGUUGUUUGCAGAAUGUCAACAAAAGAUGUUUUGUGAAAAGGUGGAAAUAAAUUUCAGAGGAAGAGAAGUAGCACUGAGUAGUGUGAUGACAUCUGAGCUUUAACCAAGCUUGGACACAAGGGUAACCUGAGCUGUGUUCUAAGCACAGAGAGCAUGCCAAGCAGAAUUUGCCAUUGAUAUCUCAGUCCUUUUUCUUGACAAGGGAGAGUUGGCAGUACUUUAAGCUAAACUUAAACAAACGUCUUGGAAAUCUGUACUUACUUUUGUCCUUUGUCAAAUGUUUUUUGGUAGUCCCAGAGAGGGUUCAAACAUUGUAAAUCAUUUUUAUUAACCAUGCUCUGAUUUGUUUUGGUUUGGCAACCCAAUGGAUGAUAUCCUUUUAACAAUACUACUGCCAGAAAUGCAUCUUCACAGCCCAAGUAUUUCUGAUGGACUAGAAAGAGGAAAUUUUUCCAUAAACAAUCAGCAGUAUCUCCCUCUUAGUGCUACUGGGAUAGGGUUGCUGCCCACCCUUUGAGGACAGGAAGGGGCAGAGGGGUGCUGUGCCAGCCAGUGGCAGUGUGGAGCAGGGGCAUCAGAGAUGUGUACAAUGAAGAAUAAGGUCAGUGUGGAUAAUGCUGUGGUGGUGUUAGCACCUGACAGUCUGAUGUCAUCCAUUGCUGGCUGUAAAAGGUAAGCAGUGGUACUUUUAAUUCAUAACACUGGUUUAUGCAUGAUGAUGCUGAACUCAUAGAGCCUGGUUACAGGUGCAGAAUUCACAGAUAAAUUUGCACCAUAGCUUGUAUCCACUUGUCAAUAGAGCCUACGUGGUAUUCUUAAAGGACAUAAACCUUGGUUUUUUGAACCACUGCUAGGAAAGGCCAUCAAAGGGAACUAGGAGGACUAUUGAUUUCCCGUAGUCACCAGGUGCAACAGCUGUGAAUUUGUAUCAUUUAAGUACAUGCAUGCAUCCUGUUUAAGUAAAACUACUGUCCUAAUUUGGUAGAAAUCCAUACUGUUUGUUAUUUUUAUGCUGUAUUGUUUUUCUGAGAUGUGCAUAAAACUAAAGCUGUCUGCUUUUUUUUUCCUGA